CAUAUUGACCGGGCUGCACUUUCCUUUGUCCUCUAUAUAGCUCUUUCCUGCUUCCCUCCCUCCCCUCAUCCUUCUCUCUCUCUCUCUCUCUUUGUCUUCAAAGCAACUAUACUUUUCCCUGUCCUGCUGCAAUGGCUGAGCAGAUGCCUUUAAAGCGCGCAAGAGAAGAAACCCAGAGUUCAGAUGAAGAAACAAAGCGCCAUAAGUCAUAUAAUCACAUACUCUCUUUGCUUGAAGCUGAAGAGGAUGAGCCAAACCAAGACCUGUCUUCUCUCCUCACAACUUUGCAACAGGAACUUUCGUCUGACUCCGUCUUAGGUGACCCCCUUCCUUACCCAACAUCAGCCGCCUUAGAUGCUGACCAAAAAAACCCCAGGCCUAACACCACAGCAGAAGCUACCAACACCAUCACCGGCAGCUUAGAAGAUGAGGAUAUUCAGGAUGAUAAAGAGCAAGUCAUACGCCAUUUGCUUGAAGCUUCUGAUGAUGAGCUUGGGAUUCCAAAUAGGGAAGGUGGUUUUGAUGUUGGAGUUUUUGAGUUUGAACAAGGUUGUAACAAUGGUGGAAAUGGGCUUGCUUUAUGUGAUAGGUUGUGGGAACUUGAAGACGAGGCUGCUAAUUAUUAUACUUUGUUGCAGUCUGAACUUUUCCUGUAGUUAUGGCUGGUGAAUGGGCCUUCUGUAAGGAUGAUAAUAGGAAGCGGAAAGAAAUGGUAGGGGUAAUAAGUAGGAAAAACAGGGAAACUGUGUGGAGUGUGGGAUAAAUUUUGAAAAAUGAAGGCGUCUUUUUGGGUCAUUUCAUUAUAGAAUUCGCCCCUCUCGAAAAUAUUGAGACUUUCCCCUUGUUUAUUUGGCCCUUGAAAAUAUUUGGUUCUUCAGAAAAUUCAAAUAUCGACAAGGAAAUGAUUCGUAUUUUUGUUUGUCCCGAAUGUCCAAAUUGCUCUAUCCAUUGUCGGUCGGUAUUGAUAUGGGCUCCCCAACUUGUACGCAAGGACUAAAGUAUAAGGAUUCAUGACUGAUAUUUUUUUUUAAAA